AUGUUCGACUCGAUAGAAGACGCGGUCGCGGACAUUCGCGCGGGCAAGUUCGUCGUGGUCCUCGACGAUGAGGACCGAGAAAAUGAAGGCGAUCUCAUCAUCUCCGCAGCCCUCUGCACCACCAAACAGAUGGCGUGGUUCAUCCAGCACACCUCAGGCUUCAUCUGCAUCUCCAUGACUCCGCAACGCAUUGCUGAACUCUCCAUUCCCAUGAUGGUGCCGAACAACACGGAGAAGAACAAAACAGCGUACACGGUGACGGUGGACUACAAGCAUGGGACGACGACGGGCAUCUCUGCGCACGAUCGAGCGCUCACCUCGCGUCAACUGGCGGAUCCGUCAUUGAACGCAAAAGAGGACGACUUCACACGACCGGGCCACAUGAACCCGUUGCGCUACACAGAGGGAGGCGUGAGGGUGAGGAUGGGUCACACGGAAGCCAGUGUCGAUCUGUGCAAGUUGGCUGGCUUGGCACCCGCCGGGCUGCUCUGCGAACUCGUGGAUCCGGACGAUGAAGACGGAGGCAUCGCCAGCAGGGAUGCGUGUUUGAAGUUUGCUAAGAAGCACGGGUUGAAGGUGACCACGAUCGAGUUGCUGAAGAGGUACAGGGAGGAGACGGAGGGGGAGCUGGGGAGGGAGGUGAAGAGGUUGGGGGAGGAUAAGGCGAGAGGGGUGGAUAUUGAGGUGCAGAAGGUGGUGCCUCCUGCGGAGACGAGUGCGUGA